ACCAAAAGCUGUGGAUAUGAACGGUGAAGAGGAUGAGGGAGAGCAGUUUGACUUUGACAGUGGAGACGAGAUACCAGAAGCAGACAGGCAAGCCCUUGUGCCACCUCCUCCUGGUCCUGGAAAUAACAUAGAGCACCAAGAAGCUAAUGCCACAGGGGAUGAUAAUUCAGAAAGCAAUGAGAAGCUACAAACAUCAGGACCUACUGUGGAAGGCCCUUCAGCUAAAGUAAAUCCCUACUCUGUAAUAGAUAUUUCACCCAUCCAAGACAAGGAUCCAUCCUCAUCACCAGAACCAAGUCCUCAGGAUGAAUGUGCCAGUCCAAACUUGUCUGGUGGAUAUUCUGUUCCUGUCCCUUGUGGCUAUGCUGUGCCAUCGAAUUUACCUUUGAUGCUACCAGCAUACUCCAGUCCUGUCAUCAUACGUAGUGUUUCUGUAGAUGAGGAAGCAGGUAUACAGUCAGCAACUGAGGAAUGUCAUUAUAACUCUGUAAACUCAGAGGAGCCUCCAAAUAGUGAAGAUAAUCAGGCCAAGGGAGAAGAUGAUGUUCUGGCCAAAUGGGUGGCAGAUCCUGCAAAUACGGCAUGGAUGGAAAACCCGGAUGAAGUAAUUUAUGAUGACGUGCCAAGAGAAAAUUCAGACUCUGAACCAGAGGAAAUGAUUUAUGAUGAUGUUGAAAAUGGUGAUGAUGGUGGAAACAGCUCCCUGGAAUAUGGGUGGAGUUCAAGUGAGUUUGAAAGCUAUGAAGAACAGAGUGAUUCUGAGUGUAAAAAUGGAAUUCCCAGCUCCUUUUUGCGAGGCAACCACAAGAGACAUAUGCAAAAGCUUAUGAGAGCUGCUAGAGAAGGUACCAAAGAUGGGCUUGAAAAGACAAAAGCAGCUGUGAAAAAGGGUCGUUCUUUCAUUAGAACAAAAUCUUUUGGUUCUCAAGAUCAUAGGUCAUCAUGCCUGGAAGAAGAAGACCUAAAUUUAUUUAUUGAUGUGGACUGCAUGCAUACAGAAGCAAUUAUGACUCCUAUGCCUGAAGGAUUAUCACAGCAGCAGGUUGUGAGAAGGUAUAUUUUGGGAUCCAUAGUUGACAGUGAGAAGAAUUACGUGGAUGCUCUCAAAAGAAUUCUGGAGGAAUAUGAGAAGCCCCUUUCAGAUAUGGAACCAAAAUUACUGAGUGAAAGAAAGCUCAAAAUGGUCUUUUAUCGGAUUAAGGAAAUUCUUCAGUGCCAUUCAAUGUUUCAAAUUGCACUGGCGAGUCGUGUAUCUGAGUGGGACUCUGUGGAAAUGAUUGGUGAUGUCUUUGUUGCUUCAUUUUCUAAGUCUAUGGUUUUGGAUGCGUACAGUGAAUAUGUAAACAACUUCAGCACAGCAGUAGGGAUUCUCAAGAAAACGUGUGCCACCAAGCCUGCCUUUUUAGACUUCCUAAAGCAAUGCCAGGAGUCAAGCCCUGAUCGAAUUACACUGUACGGAUUAAUGAUGAAGCCUAUCCAGCGCUUUCCACAGUUCAUUCUACUGUUGCAGGAUAUGUUGAAGAACACUAAUAAAGGACAUCCUGACAGAUUACCUCUACAGAUGGCUCUUACAGAACUUGAAACACUGGCAGAGAAGUUAAAUGAAAGGAAAAGGGAUGCAGAUCAGCGCUGUGAAAUAAAACAAAUAGCAAAAGCAAUGAAUGAACGUUAUCUGAACAAGCUACUCAACAGUGGAAACAGAUACCUCAUACGGACUGAUGAUAUGGUUGAGACAGUUUACAAUGACAAAGGAGAAAUUACCAAAACCAAAGAACGUCGACUUUUCAUGUUAAACGAUGUGCUGAUGUGUGCAACGGUAAAUGUUCGCUCUUCCUAUGAAAGCAGUGGUGCGGUGACAACUGGCCAGAGGUAUUUGUUGAAGUGGAGCAUACCGCUGGAAAAAGUGGAAGUCAUAGAGUAUAGCAGCAAUAAGGGCCAAGGAGAGAACUGCAGGUUUCCACCCCAGCAGUCUGCUGAAAACAUCAUCAUUAACUCUAAGCCAAACAAACUCUAUAUGGGACCAGGGCAACUGUACCAUGAUCUGCAGUACCUUUUACAUGACUUGAGUGUAGUUGGCCAAAUUAGUCAAUUAAUAGGCAACCUUAAAGGAAACUAUCAGAACUUGAACCAAUCUGUAGCAGAUGACUGGACCUCAGGUUUAAAAAAACUGAUUUUGAAAAAAGAAGAAGAAAUCAGAGCAGCAGAUUGCUGUAGAAUUCAGCUGCAACUCUCAGAAAAACAGGACAAGUCGGGGAGGCCCACUUUCUUUACAGCUGUGUUCAAUACAUUUACCCCUGCCAUCAAACAGUCUUGGAUCAACAAUUUACAGAUGGCUAAACUAGCCCUUGCGGAGGAUAACCUGUUAGGUUGGUUCUGUGUAGAAGAUGAUGGGAAUCAAAUAAAAAAGGAGAAACAUCCUCUGCUUGUUAGACACAUGCCAGUUAUGAUGGCCAAGCAACAGGAGUUUAAGAUUGAGUGUGCUGCUUAUAAUCCUGAACUGUACCUCUCUGGUGAAAUGGAGUCAGAUUCUUGUACCAUGGAACAUGGUUUUCUUUGGAUUGGCAGCUGUACUAAUCAGAUGGGCCAGAUUGCAAUAGUCUCAUUUCAAAACUCCAGCCCCAAGGUUAUUGAGUGCUUCAAUGUGGAAUCACGGAUUCUCUGCAUGGUCUACAUACCAGAGGAGGAGAAACUCAAAGAGCAAAACAAGACUGUUCACUCUGAAAAUGUUCUUGCAAAAGCUUCUUAUGUGCCUACUAUUUGCCUUGGCACAGAGGAAGGAAGCAUUUCUAUUUACAAAAGUUGCCAAGGCUCAAAGAAAAUUCGACUUCAACACUUCUUCACUCCUGAAAAAUCAACAGUUAUGAGUUUAACAUGUAUGUCUCAAUAUUUGUUUGCUGGCUUGGUAAAUGGAAACAUCUCAAUCUACACAAAAGCAGAAGAUGGGACAUGGAACACAGAACCUCAGAAGAUAGUUAAACUGGGGGUUCUGCCUGUUAGAAGUCUGCUUGUGAUGGAGGAGACUAUUUGGGCUGCAUGUGGUGGACAGAUUUUUAUAAUCAGCACAGCGACACAUUCCGUAGAGAGCCAUUUUGAAGCCCAUCAAGAGGAAGGGAUGGUAAUCUCUCACAUGGCCGUUGCAGGAGUGGGAAUUUGGAUUGCCUUCACGUCUGGAUCUACUCUUCGCCUGUUUCACACUGAGACACUGAAACACCUCCAGGAUAUUAAUGUUGCCACACCUGUUCACAAUAUGUUGCCAGGGCAGCAGCGUGUUUCUGUGACCAGCCUCCUGGUAUGCCAUGGUUUAUUGCUGGUUGGGACAAACCUAGGUAUAAUAGUAGCAUUACCGGUGCCACGCUUGCAGGGGAUUCCCAAAGUAACUGGAAGAGGAAUAGUGUCAUAUCAUGCACACAAUGGCCCGGUCAAAUUUCUUGUAACAGCUACAUCUUUAAACAAGAAGAACAGAAACAAACUGAGAAACAGCCUGCCUCGUGGCUCAGAACCUAAAGAUGACGACCAAAAGAACAUUCUUCACAGUGAAAGGCCAGGCUCUUCCCUUAGUAAUUCUCAUGACACUGCAAUUUGGCUGGGGGAUUCAGUAGUAUCCACUGCACAAAAAAGUGACUUGUCGUCAUCUUCUGGGUACCUUUCUUUGUCUCAUGGAUCAGAUUCCCUAGAACAUAGGCCAGAGGACAGUAACAUUUAUGAGCUUUUGAAGGAUCAGAACAUCUCAUUUAAAAGUAAAAGACAUAGAUCCAAGAAAAUUAAAGCAAGUUCAGUAUUAGUCAUUUCCGGUGGCCAAGGACACAGAAGAGUGAAAAAGAAAACCAAGCAGCAGCGACAAGAUGAACUGGUGUCUUCAGUGAUGGUCUGGCAAAUCCCACUAUUAAAUAUCUAACUGAACUAAAUCCAAGAUACGCUGUGCUAUGAAAAGAAGUCUGAUAUCCUUUUACAGAAAAUGCCAGUUUAGGACCCAAUGGAUAGACCUUACAGCCCUGGGAGCAAUUUCAGUAGGCUUUGAUCACAGGAUUAAGGGUUGCAAGACAGUCUUCACAUACUUAAAACAUUCUGCAGUGUGGAAAACAUGUAGCUGUUGAUGCUGUUCUUGAUACUUAAAACAACAAUGGUCAGACACUUUUAAAUAGUUUUAGAAUCCCUACCUUAUUUAUAUUCACAUUUAUAAAUAUAGUAAUUAUGUUCUAUAACACUUAGGGAAGACAAGGAAUACAUGCCAUGUCUCAUGCUGGGUUUUGCAUAUGUAAAUCAGCUGUUGUUGCUUUUUUCCAAAGUGGCAUAUUGCAUGGACUAUAGAUUUUAACAAAUUAGCAGAUAUUUUAAAACAAUAAAUAGUCUAAUACGAGCUAAUAUUAAUUUGAUAAUUACUAUAGUAGUUUGUAACACUAGUCCACAAGACAGAGAUUGGUCUGGACAAAAGCAGUUCUAUUAAUUGAUUGGUGUUUGUUUAUUUCAACUCAGAAAAUAGAUACUACUUUUUUUAAUGAUUGUUUCUGAUGUUCAGUAUUGUUAAAAAUGUUACAGUACAAAAAGUGCAUUGAUUAUCUUGGUAGGUGCCAUGUAUCUCUGACUUGCCUUUCUUCUAGAGAGAAAGUCCUAAAGGCUUAGGACAGAUAGGACUUAGGAUAGAUAGACAAGGCUUAGGGCAGGUAGAAAAUGGAGAUACAGGACAGCUAUGAACUGUUGUGCUGAUAAUGCCUUCUCCCCCUGGCAGCUCUGGGUCAAAGCUAGACAUGGCCUGUGGCGCUUUUAAGGAGGAAUGCACAUCUAAUAAAUUAAUAAUGAAAUUGCUAUAUCAUUAAUUGGGGAGAUACGUACUAAUACUGAAAUAUCUAUAGGAAGUGCGGGUAAUUGCUAUUGGUGUAGGUCCUGCAUCAAUUCAUCUGUGCUGUGUCCUCAGGCAAAUGCCUAUUAAAUGAUGCCACAGUGCAACAGUAGAGAUAUGGUCACAUCACCUCUUUUCACCCAGAGCUUCAGCAAAGCAUGGUCUUGUGAAUGGACAUUCUGAGACUAGCAUGCACACUUUCAUUCACUCAGUGAUACAAGCAGUUGCUGUGGUAGUGUUCGAGAUAAAUUCUAGACAGAGUCCUAAUCAUUGUUUCUUAAUGAAUCAGUGUAUUUCCAAAGGAAACUUUGCACAUGUGAAAUACAAGACAAAGCCUUCAGCUCAGAAAAACAUUGCCAAAAGUGGUGAUAAGACACAUCCUUCACUCAAAAUAUGUUCAAUACAGAUAAUGUGUUGAAUGGAGUCAAUGGGAACAUCCUUUUCCCUCGUUAAUAGACUCAAAGAUAAAAGAAUUUAGGAUGAUUCAGUUUCAGUUGAAUAUGUUAAGAACUCUAAUGCUGUCUGUCAGCUCAGUAAAAUGUAAAUUAAAUAUAUCCAAAGAAUGUUUGUCAGAUGUGUGCAUUGCCUGGAAUCAAGUAAAACUUCUGGCUGCUCCAGUACUGUUAUCAUCCCAGUAAGAGAAA